CUUAAUUUUCCUCUCCUGCUCUCGGCUCUCUCUCCUUUUCGGCACUGCCUCUCUCGGUAGUAAGGGUGCCGCAGGCCACCACUUCUCCUUCAACUCUUGAUUUCUUCUUCCUCUCAUGGAUACCUCCGACAAAACAACGGACAAAUCCUCUUCAUCAUCAUCAUCCUCAAAUUCUCCUCACUUGGCAUUCACGGCAAUAUCCAACGUCAAGCUCCAUGUUCCCAUACAAUUGAGCUUCUCUCAACCAAACUACAAAAAAUGGUGCCGCCUAUUCUUGCUUCUUGUUCGAAGGUUCAAUCUCCAUGGCUUUCUCUCCGGAUUCAAGAUCCCCUCGUCCGCCGACGAUGACGAAUGGUUUCAACUAGAUGCCUUGCUUCAAGGAUGGAUUCUCUCCACGGUGACCGAUGAGGUCUCCGACUUGGUCAUCUCCUCUACCUCUAUGGCCUCCGAGCUUUGGAGGGUUAUUCAUGAUCUCUUCCAUGACAAUAAACCCGCUUGGGCAAUGCAAUUGGAACACCAAUUCCGCACCACGGUUAAGGGAUCCAUGCCCAUGGCUACUUAUUGUCAAACCCUACGCAACAUAGCCGAUUGGCUAAAUGACGUUGACGCCCCGGUCUCCGAACCACAGCUCGUGCUCCAAUUAUUGCGGGGUCUACCGGACGAUCUCCAAGCACAAACAUCUUGGAUGCAAUUUCAACAGCCCCAACCUAAUUUUCUCCGAGUCCGAUCGGCGUUGUUGCUCCUAGAACGUCAACGAAUGCACUCCAUCGAGACCGGGACAGCCCUCCUAGCAAGCCGAACCAACGGGCAGCCGGGAACGAACCAGCAGCAGCUGCAUGGCCGAACCGGCGGCGUGGCAGAUCCGGCGGCUGGCCGUGGCUACCAUGGCUGAAGUGGCGAUCGUGGUGGUCAAGGCCGAGGACGAGGAAGAGGCCGGAACUCUGGCGGGCAGCGACACUCGGAAGGCUACAGAUCUUGG